AUGCAGAACGACGAGGUGAUUUGGAACGUUAUCAACAAGGACUUUUGCUCCUUCAAAGUGAAGACGCUUCGCGAGGACAUGUGCAGAAAUGAGUACAAUGUCACUGGAAAAUGCAACCGCGUCUCGUGCCCCUUGGCGAACAGCAACUACGGUACGGUCAUCGAGCACCAAGGCGCUCUGUUUCUCUGUCUGAAGACGAUUGAGCGUGCCCACAUGCCGAAGAAACUGUGGGAGAAAAUUCGGCUGCCACUCAAUAUCAAGCAGGCGAAGGAGGUCAUCGAGAGGGAAAUGAAAAAUGUGUACAAGAAACACCAGAUUGAGCGCUGCAAGAGACGGGCCAUCAAGCUCAAGCAAAUGCUCGAUCGCAUGCGCCGACUGGAACUAAAGCCCAAGGAGAAACUGGUUCCGGUGAAGCAGAAGACAGAAAGAAGAGAACGAGCGAGAGAAAAGAAAGCCGAAGUCGCUGCUCAUCUGGAGGAUGUGAUCGAGUCGGAGCUCCUGAAGAGGCUGCAGCAGGGUGUCUACGGAACACUGUACAACUUCGAUUCGGAGAAGACUGCGCAAGCUGAAGAGGACGAAGAGGAGGUCGAGGUACAGCAAGGAAAGGCGGAGAAGAAGGGUGCAGUGGCCUUUGAGGAAGACGAGGAAGACGUAGAGCUUUCAGAUUUUUCGGAAAGUGAGGGUAGUGAAGAAUUCGACUUCGACGAGUCCGACGAGGAAGAAGACAUCGAGGACCUCGAAUUCAGCGAGGAAGACAUGGCGGAACCGGUACGCAAAGCUCCCCGACGGGGGUUGGCGGCCACGUCUGUUCGCGAUCGGAGACGAGCGGAGCAACGUCAGAGCUCCACGGUUUCCGAAGACGAAGAAUCUGCAGAGGAGCCUGGGAAGUCUCCGAUGAAGAGUGCGUCGGGGGGACGUCUCCUGCAGUUAUCGGGUCUCAAGAGACAACUCGCCAGACGAGGCCAACCACGCGAAGCGAUUCGAUUCGAGGAAGAGGACGAGCGGGAGGCGAUGCUUCAAGAACAGUAG